AUAGGUACAAUCAAAAAGAAAUAAAUAAGCCUUUUUUUUCUUUUUUUUUCUUUAAAAAAAAAACAAAAAAAAAAAAAAUUUGAACUUAGUCUCUCAAUUACUUUCAUAAAAAUGAUCACCGAUAAAUCAUCCCGCCUUGUCGGAGUGACAAGUGGAAAUAUAUCAAUUGAUAAUUUUAUUAAAGCAACGCGAAAAAAUAAAUCCAACAUUGACAAAUGCAUGAAGUGGUUUGAAUUCGAAAAAUUUGAAAAUUUAAAACAAAUAGGUGAAGGUGGUUUCGCAAAAGUAUAUUCAGCAACUUGGUUACAUGGAGGAAAAAAAUUUAUUUAUACAGAUCCAGUAACCAAAACUAAAAAAAUUCGUACAUAUCCAAAUACUGUUGCACUUAAAAGUAUUAAAGGGUCAAAUGAAAUUUCUGCUGAAUAUUUAAACGAGCUGGAAGUUUAUCAUAAAUUGACACUAGAUAAUGUAUCAUUACCGUUUUAUGGAAUUACAAAAGAUCCAAACAGUUCAGAAUUUAUGAUGGUGACAAACCUUGCAGAGCAAGGAUGUCUACGAUCCUUAUUAGGAGAAAGGUUUACCGAAUUAAAUUGGCAAUAUAAAUUACUUAUAUUAUUAUAUAUUGUAAUAGAAUUAAAAAUUUUGCAUGAACAAGGAAUAUGUCAUAAAGAUCUUCAUAGCGGAAACAUAUUACGAUCAUUAGGUCGUUAUUAUUUAACAGAUUUUGGAUUAUCGGGACCAUCAAAUAAAUCUUCAGAUAAAAUUUAUGGUGUUUUAGGUUAUUUGGCUCCCGAGGUGUUAAAGGGAAAACAAUAUUGUAGUCAUGCUGAUAUUUAUAGUUUUGGCGUUAUGAUGACAGAAUUAUCAUCUGGUUUCCCCCCUUAUUUUAAUAAAAGUAUGAGUGAAACUACUCUUGCUUUAUCUAUUUGCGAUGGAUUAAGACCCGACUUUGGUAAAGGCACUCCCGAAAUUUAUAGAAGUUUAGCCAAUAAAUGUAUGAAUGCAAAUCCCGAUAAGAGACCAACUGCAAGUGAAUUAGAAGAGAAUAUGUUAUAUUUGUAUAAUUGUUUAUGUGGAAAUAUUAGUGGAGACGACGCUAAAAAAAUUAAAGUGGAAUUUGACAUAGCUGAUAAAGAAAUUCCAAAUGUUCAAUCAUUAUUUAAAAAAAGUUCAAAAGAUUCUAACUUAAUGUUUGUAAGCAAACAGUUAGGUUUUAAUGAUAUAAUAGAAACUUCUGUAUACGAUAGUAAGUAUGAAAUUACAAACUUGUUCAACUUGUUCUUAAAUAUUUAUAUACGAUCAUUAAUAUUAAAUUACUCACUUUUUAAUCAGAUUUAGAUUCAGGUCUAAUAGGGCUCAAUUUAUCAGAUGAUAUCGGUGAGGACAAUGAAGAUGAUGAUAAUGAAGAUUGAUAUUUUAAAUGCAUAUUAAAUAUAUAGAUUAUAUUCAAUCAUUGUUCACCCUAUUUAUGUUCGUAGAUUGUAAUAACUGUCAUGAUAAUUCCUAUUUAUAUUCUUUUACCUCUUAUACCUUUUUAAUUUUCAUCAAAAUAAAAUCAAAAAAGGUUUUUGCGUAGUGCAAUAAACCAAAUAAUUUUUAUUUAAACUUAUUUAAUUUUAAAAUAUUGUAUUUCUAAUAUCGAUA